AUGGAGAAGUAUGGAGUGAAGCAUAGGGUGGCAACUCCUUACCAUCCCCAAACUAGUAGGCAAGUCGAAGUCUCCAAUCGAGAGAUAAAGAGUAUCUUAGCCAAGACAGUUAAUGCGAAUAGAACCAAUUGGUCAUUAAAGCUUGAUGAUGCUCUUUGGGCUUAUAGAACGGCACUCAAGACUCCUAUUGGUACUUCUCCUUAUCGGUUGAAGCUCUUUCCGGGCAAAUUGAAAUCUAAGUGGUCUGGCCUUUUUGCUUUGGUGAGUGUUUCACACAAUGGUUCGAUGGAAUUGAAGUCCAAAGAUGGAACUCGUACUUUCAAGGUGAAUGGCCAUCGGGUAAAGCACUACCAUUGGAUGGUUGAUGAGGAUAAGAUUGUUGAUGCUCAGCAGUUGAAACAUGGCACCGGACCUUGA